CCGGUCCCGGGAUCAUUUACGGUUCGGGGAUCAUUUGCGGGCCGGGAUCAUUUGCGGGCCUGUACAGAGGUAAUAUCCAAGCGUGAAGUGCUCGACCCUCGCUUCGCCUUUCCCGUCUCCAAAAAAACGUUGUGUGAAAUGGGUCCCAGACCCCGUUCAAACUAUCCAAAUCACGUGACUUUUCGAACUCACGACAAAGACGAGCUUGAUUGAGUAUGGUGGUCGAUGAGAGGAAGUGCGCGGGAAUUGGGAAAUUCGAAAAGCUGUCGCGGUUGAAAGGUUUAUACCGGAUUUGAAAUCCUCCGCUGAUGGAUGUAGUAAUAAAAAAGGAAAAAGAUGACAAUGGUUCUGGUAGCCAUGGCAGCUGGCUGGACUUGGCAAUUGAUAACAGGACCUGUGAAUGGUGUUCUGCACCUUAUGAUAUGAGAAAUCAGCUUCCAAAUUAUGUCAAGGUGCCAUUAAAUGACUGGCAUAAAGAUUUAUUGUUAGAUCUCUGCUACUGCUUUGACUGUGUUCAGGAGUAUCAUAGGCUCCAGGAAGAAUUGGAUGAUGAAAGUAAAAAGAUUUUGCAUUUGGUUGAUAUUCAAAGGCUAGCAAAGACAAUAACUCAUGCCUUGAACAAUGUAGGGGAAAGAGAGGUGUUGCAGGAUAUUGCAACUCAUCUCCAAGUUCCCCUCCUGGAAAUCUUAAAAUUCCCUUAUCUUUUACAUCAUAAACAACUGGCAGACCUAUUUACAAGAGGACUUAUAGCUUUGAAUGUGUGCGGCUGUCCCCUAAAACUGGAAGACCUUGAAGAAAAGUUACCUGGCACUUACUUGCUGUUGGUCCAUCAUGACCCAGAGGUACGUGGCUGGGCAGUUAGGAGUGUGAGGGGCCAGGGUCUCAUAAAUCAAGACGACUAUGAUGUCCUAAAGCAGGUGAUCGGGUGGAUGAUUGAAGUGGUGGAGUUUAAUUUGUUUGAGAACUCUGAUCUUGUGGCAUCAGAGAGCAAACCUUUUGAAUUCACGAGCCUGCCUACUCAUAUCUUCAUUAAACUGACCAUUAAAGAGUACUGGCUUAGUUUGUUUGUGCUGUUGCGGCAAAUGGAUGUGGAGACAAUGCAGUCAUGUUUUAUGAGCUUUACUGGACACCAUGAGUUUUUGAAUAUAAUUGUGUUACCUAUGGAAAAUCAAGAACACAUGGAAGAUGAUGAUGGAGCUUUUUGGCCAAGGUUACAGUGCUUCAUAGUCUUGCUUGAGAGACUUGGAAUCAGAAAUAUCUGGCAGAUCUCAGUUCACAAACCUGAUCAACUGUUUACAAUUAUAACUCAAAACUAUUCCUUCCAUAAUGCUGUUAUGCACUGGCAAAACAAUGAAGAUGGAGAGGCCUCAAGCCAAGAGAUGUUUGUAGAUUUGCGUGAAACCAGAACGGUUUCAGGUUCAUCUGAUACAAAACACUCCAGCCAAUUUUAUAAAACUGCACUGGCUUGGUUCCAGCCUUUUGUUCAGUCUGUUCUUGAUUUUGACUCCUGUAAUGACUGCCUGUCACUUGUAAUUACUUAUCUUCACAAUCUGGCAGGUAAGUUUCAUUACCAAUAGCAUGGUAUACUGAAGCUGCUAUCAGGCAAAAAGUUCUGGUCAAAAGUAAUUUCACAACUUCUUGCAAAACAUUUAGUAAUACCAAUUAUCAGUAUGUCUAUAUAAAGACUCUCUGUCAAACAGCAUGCAUUGUGUGCUGCGACUCGAAUUUCCUUUGGUACAAAAACCUUCGUUUCAAAGUGUCUUAUAGUAGCUAUUUCAAUAUGUGAUAAUCUUAGCAAUCUAACUUGAUUUUCAAACAGGUAUCAUUCUUCAUCAUCAGUUUCAAUUUCACUUUCUUGGGUAGGGUGAUUAUUUUAGGAGAAAAAUUGGUAGUAAAUUAUCUGGUACAAUUUGAGAAGCUAAACAAUGGCCGGUACAAUGUGAUUUACUAAGAACCCCUGUGGAAGGUUUGGACCAUACAAGCUCUUAAGAGAAAAUCUCUCUGGGAUCGGUGGAGAAACAGUAGGGAAGACACAAGAAAAAAUACUCCCAUCGGCUCAAGUGAAUGACAGAAUUUGGUUGUAUUUUCCUUCGUAUUGCUAUCAUUGCCCGGUGUCAUUGCUAGCCUUCAGAAAAGCUAUUGCAUUGCUUUGUAGAUUUAUCCAAUGUUAAGUCACCUGCGGCGAGGCUUCUUCAAAUUUAUUUGUUGAUAAAUAGUGUUUUCUCUGCUGCAUUUAUUCCUGGAGAAGAAAACCUUUCUUGCAAAAAAGGCAAACUGUAAACAUUUUAGUAUCUGUACAUGACCAGUUAUCAAUAAUAACUCUGUAUGGAUUCCAAAGCUUGCCAAAGCACAUAAUGAACUCACCAACAAAAGAAAAAUGUCUGUUCAUUGCCCUUAUUCUAUGUCAUGUCUGAGACUGUAUUCUAAGCAAAGAAAGUGCUUUAUAGUCUGUUUAUAGAUAUACUUAUGAAAGAAAAUAAAAAAGUAAAUUUAUUUUGUGGAGUUGUUUCAAUUCGCAGCAUGGUGCCUAUGGGGGCAGGAACUUUUUAGGGGACAUUUGUCACCUCAUGACGCGAGGCCAGAAUUUCAAAAUACAGUAGUUCUAAAUCAAAUGGCAUUUAAAGCAAACAUAUACCAGUUUUACCAGUAAAUUAUAUUUGAGGCCACUGAAUGCCCCAAAUCCUUCUGAUUUUCUGACGCUGUCUUCAGUGACAGAAUCAAAACAAAAACAAAUGCUUGCAAUGCAUGCCGUUUGACAGAGAGUUUUUAACCAUAAUUAUAAUAAUAAAUUCAGCAAAGUUGCUUUUCAAGUAGCUCUGGCCUAAAAACAGAGGCAAGGUUUAUUUUGGAUGUGUGAUUGGAGACUUGUAAAAUAACUCUAAGUUCAGGCUUGAUUACCAUUCUCUGUUCACAGAAGGAGCCCACCCCACACUCAGAUAUGACUUUGACAAAUGAACUUUUGUGAAAGGUGCUUACAAGCAAUGUACAAGCUAUUUAUUGUUACAUAUUCUACGUGUAACUGUAACAUACAGAUUACAGGUUUGGAGUGUAAAAGUGCACUUGCAGUAUAUUUUUAUAGCCCUUUUCAUGGUUAUUUUUUUUUCUUAUUUGCUCGGUAAUGCAAUCCAAUGCGAAUGGGAGGCAAUCUAGGGUAACUAACUUUUGUAGUUCUGCCCACAAUUCCCCUGCAUCCAUGAAACAUAAUAAAAAAGAAAAGUUAACCAUGAAAUAGGCUACAAUAUGAGGUCUAUAAAUUUUCUCAAUUCCACUGCAGGUGGCUGUUCCAGUGAAAAUACCUUCAAGUCAGAUGUGCAGUCUGUAUUAUUAAGCAUCAUUCAUGAACUGUUGGUUAAAAGGAAGUUUGAG